ACUUCCUCCACCAGUAAACAGCCUCAACACUCUGCACAUCAACAGGUCGACAACUGAAACCAACACAUCAUGGAGACCUAUUCCAGCAGUUUGGAAUCCAUCCGGGAGGCAGCAAUGCUCAGAUCAGGUGUUGUUGGAGACCCGUACUUGGCAGGAGGAUACCUGAUUGGAAGCUCCCUGCUGGGCCUCCUCAUCAUCAUCGCGGCCUUCUGGUACAAUCGACGCAAUCUCAGCCUUUUUAAAAGAGCCUGCGCCAUGUCUUCGUCCUGUCAGGAUUACUGCAUCAUGAGUAUUCAAGUCAUCUUCAACACUCUGGUGUCUCUGCUCAUCAAUGAUGCUCUGAAGCUGAUCGUGGCAAUAACCUUUGGAGCUACACUGGUUGCAUCAUCCUGCGAUGUAAUCAGGUGUGAUAUUGUUGAAAUGACAUGGUUCCUGUCCAGGUGGUUUGCAAUGAAUAUUCAUCUUGUGAACGCCUCGUUGUGCAUCUAUAAUCUGCGUCAGCCACUGAGUGUAAUCAGGUUUCGCAGCAUCGAAAUACUGAUUGGUGUACUGAAUGGCAUUAUAGUCCCCACUUUAUCUGUAUGUCACCAAAGCGGCCAUAUUCACUUUGGCCGCUUUCAUGUUUCUGCUUGCUCUGUCCGUCAUUGUAACAUCUACAGCACCUACUUUGUCCCCGUCCACUUCCACCCUGAAGAAAACUGAUCGUGGUCGUCGCCAUGUGCAACUUCCUGGUUGUCUACGUCCCUACUUUCAUUCUUCAGUGCCUCAUGUACACCGCAGCCAACGCUAACGACUUAGCGAAUUAUCAAGAUAUUUAUUUUAAUGUUCUGUAUUUCACAAACCUUCAUCUCAUUUUCGAUGGACUCCAGUGUGCUUUGUUCCUGAAGUUGCAUUCUGGAGAAGAACAGCAACAGCAGCAACAACAGUUGGUUUUCCAAAAUGCAGGAUUCACUGGUUCUACAAAUGUAAAUCAAUAACGAGCAAAAUUAUGUCUCUGCACCAUAAAAAUCAAUGUACAUUCCAACCACUGGUAGAUAACUGAGCAUUGCUUCACUAUUCAGAAUUAUUAGUCUUCAUGGAUUGUAUCUGCUGGACAGAAGGAUGCAGCUCCUACUUUAUUCAUGUAAACCCUGAAAUCACAGAUGAAAAUCACAGUUUCACCCUCUCUGUCUGAUUUAAAAUCCAGUAAAGAUCAAGAAGAAAUGUGUAAAUACUUUCAUAAUGUACAGGCAGUGGAGAGCUGCAGAAAAUUAAGUUGACAGAAAUAGCAGCAACUUUGAAAACGUUUAAAAAUAAAACAUCUGUUCAGUAUGUUGGUUUGUCCAAUUAUUUAAAGGUGGAGGGCGCAUCUAAAAUAUGCUGUAAUUCCUACAAUGUUCGCCUGAUUUGGAUGUAAAUAGCCUCAGAUUAAAGCUGAAAGUCUGCACUUGAAGCACAUCUGUGCUGUUUCAUUUCAAAUCCUUGUCAUUUGGUAGAUUGGUAGAUAAGGGGGCAAUUACUUUUUCACAUACGGCAAGAUGGGAUGGACAGUAUCUUUAUUUCAAAAAAUAAAAUCAAUC